AAAAAAGAAAAAACUAUGGCUACUGAAACAACGCCUCCGCCCAAACCCUCACCGGAACUCCCCUUCGCCCACGCCGGAACACCCACCGGCGCCGGUCCUCCUCCAUCAUCCGAAGCCAUCACCCCUGCGCACACUCCUACCCCAUCCACUCCCUCUCUCACUCCGGCGACCGUCGCGCCCCGCCAUCCCGAGCCGGACGCUGGCGUUAUCCACAUACCCAGCUAUUCUCGGUGGUUUUCUUGGAACAGUGUCCAUGAAUGCGAGGCGCGGUUCCUCCCGGAGUUCUUCGACGACCGAUCGCCAUCGAAGAACCCUCGGGUUUACAAGUACUUUAGGAACGCUAUCGUCCGGCGCUUCCGAGAAAAUUCGAGCCGGAAAAUCACCUUCACCGACGUGCGGAAGGCGCUGGUCGGCGAUGUUGGGUCUGUCCGGAGGGUUUUCGAUUUUCUGGAGACCUGGGGUUUGAUAAAUUACGCCGGCUCCGCUAGGCCGCAGCUGAAGUUGGAGGAUAAGGAGACAAAGUCCGCCGCUCAGGGCUGUGACGCUGCCGCCGCCGGCGGCGCUGAUGUUUCUGCUCCGAUGAAGAGGGUCUGCAAUGGCUGCCAAAUUCCUUGCACAAUUGCUUGCUUCGCAUCUGACAAGCAUGAUGUGACACUAUGCGUGAGGUGCUACGUGAGGGGCAAUUACAGGGUGGGUUUGAGUUCUACAGAUUUCAAGAGGGUCGAGAUUAGUGAAGAAGCCAAGAUGGAGUGGACGGAUAAAGAAACUUUACAGCUUCUAGAAGCCGUCAUGCAUUAUGAGGAUGACUGGAAGAAAGUUGCUGAGCAUGUUGACGGGAAAACUGCAAAGGAAUGCGUAGCUCGCUUCGUAAAGCUUCCAUUUGGGGAAGAGUUUUACGGCCCUCCUGAAUCUGCCGAGAUGGAUGCUGAGUUGGGUUCGCAAAAUGAAGGAGUAGCUGCCAAAAGGAUGUGCCUCUCACCACUUGCCGAUGCAAGCAACCCUAUUAUGGCGCAGGCUGCUUUCCUUUCUACGUUGGUUGGAGUAGAUGCUGCAGAAAUGGCCGCAUGUGCAGCAGUAAUGGCUUUGUCUAAUCUUGGUGAUAAUAUACGGCAAGAAGCCAAAGAUACGUCUAAGUUGAAUCUGAUUGAAGAUGCUGCUCUUGUGGAAGCAAAAUCGCAGCUCGAGAAGGAAGGGGAAGAGCUGGAGAAAGCAAUAUCUGAAAUUGCAACUCAGACGAAGGAGAUUGAAAGCAAGAUUCGUGAGUUUGAGGAAUUUGAGUUAGAAAUGGAACGCAAACGUCAGGAAUUCCAGCAAAUUCAAAACAGGCUCUUUGUUGAUCGACUCACCUUUUCAUUUCAAAAAACUGCUGCACCCAAAACUGGGGAAACCAUAGGCGUGGCUAUUAAGAUCGAUUGA